UUUUUUUUAAUUCUAAAAAGAAAUUAAUUCUCUCACUUUUUUCAUGUUCGGUGGAGUCGCAUUGUGUCAAUAGAAAUAAAUAAUUUAAAACGGUAAGGUAAAGUACAAAAAGAAAGUAAGAAGAAAUGCCUGCUAAAUUUUGAGUUUGUAAUCAAAAGGAACGAAAUGGAUAUUAUUAAGGAGAAAAGAAAUAAUUAAAAUCGCAUCUCGAGAAAAUGUUAAUUAGAAGCGAUGAUAGUAGUAAUGGCGAUGAGAUAUUGGGAUUUGGUUAUAGACAGAGACGAAAGAUAAGGGUGGGAACAAAAGAGCUACACCUCCAUCUCAGCUUCUCUCUCUCUCUUACCCCACAGCGCAGAAUCUUAAUUAAGCCUUUUGGACUCUUCUUCUUCGUUUCGAUUUCUGUUUGAUUCUUCCUAAUCCUCUGAUGAAUCCGUCUGAUCCAUUGCUUCAUCGGAAGCAUUGAACACUGUAUCCCUGACAGCUUCCGACAUAAACCACUGUCAGAAUAAAAAUGUUGAGUGUUUGGUUUCUUUCUUGUAUGCAAGCAAUAUGCCUGUGACUGAUUCGUAGUUCUAGAAUUUAAAUUUGUUCUGCGCUAGAGAUAAGUGGUCGUCAGUAGUAUUGUUACCGUAAAUAUUUGGUAGUUCGUUAGGAGCUUUCAGAUAAAAUAGGGAUUUUGGAAACUGACAUCUCCCAAGUUCCAAUAAGGCACCCUCAGGUGACUAUCUGAUAAAGUAGUACGAGCAUUGCUGAUGGGUCUGCCACAGACUGCUUCAAGUGAACAAUCCAGUGAAGCUUCUUCUUCUGCGCCAAGUUGCAGCCUUUCUCAGAGUCUGCCUGUCUAUGCCACUUCUCAUGAUUCAGAAAGUGAUGGAGGCAUCUCCUCUUCCAUUGCAGAGUUUGAUAGGAAAACAUCAUUGGAGCCUCUGGAGUUCACUGAUGAUCCGCGUACAUUGCACGGAUCGACUAUCUAUGCUGCUGAUAAGGUUAGCUCGAGUCUAUCUGGAGCUAGAAGGAUAGUGGGGUUUGCAUCAAGCCAAACUAGCUCACUAGACAACGAACAAACUAGUGUAGAUAUUGGUGGAGCGUUGGUCAGGAAAAGAGUACUCUCUCCUCUGAAUACUCUCUUCCCUGUAAAAUUCAGAGGUGACCUGCUUGAUAUCAGCUCUAGUAACCACCACCAACAAAUAAAUUAUUCUGGUCUUGCUAAUGGGUUCCGUGAUUCUCUCGCACAAGAUUACACAAAGUUUAACCUCGCUGGUAGGUUGCAUCUCUCUUCCACCGCGUCAAACAGUGGCAGACUCUCGUCCAUGGUCUUCACUGAUGGUCCAUUAUUCGACUCUAUAGACCUCCACCGACCCACAGAAGGUGAGGUUUGCUUAUAUUCACCAGUAGUAUAUGACACAUCUGGUAUAAAGCCAUGUGAUAAGGAUAUAUCUGUCUCUCCGCCGCUUUCUCUCUCACCACUUGGUCCGAAGUUUUCUGAGAGAAUGAAAGCUCUAAGAAGUGGCCCAAACGGGAAGAUAGUCGAAGAGUUAAGGAAUAUCAGUGAAGAAGCAGAACUAAGUGUUGACCGUAGAUUGUUUGAUGAUGCAUAUGCUCUAAGGAGAGCGUUUUCAAUGGAGAGAAGUGUUGAAUCAGCUCCUUCAUCUCCAUGCAGAAGGUUCAUUAGAAGCUUGAGUGGACGCCCCAUUCAGAGGUCAUUGGUUGGUUCUUUUGAGGAGUCACUAUUGACAGGAAGAUUGUCAUGUGGGACAACAAAUCAGAAGAUUGACGGUUUUCUUGCGGUUCUUAGUAUUGCGGGGGGAAACAUAUCUCCAAAAUCACAGAAGCUUCCAUUCUCAGUAACCAAUUCUGGUGAUGAUUGCUUAUUGCUAUAUUAUGCAUCCAUAGAUCUCGCUGGAGGAACUAAAUCGAACAAUUUCUGGAGCCAGAAGUUGAAAACAAGUCAAAUCAGGUUUGAUAGUCAGAGCUCCAAGAGCCAACUGCGGAUCCCCAUGAAGGGUCGGAUUCAACUGGUUCUUAGUAAUCCUGAGAAAACACCUCUUCACACCUUCCUCUGUAACUAUGACUUAACUGAUAUGCCAGCCGGUACAAAGACUUUCUUGCGCCAAAAGGUCACUCUUGGAUCAUCUAAUCCAACCAAAGAAGCAACGCAAGAGAAGACCAGAGAAGCCACAAACUGUGAAAAAGAAAAGUCCAGUAAACAUGGGAACAAAAAAGAAUGUGAAGGAUCUGAUUUGUUCAAUUCAGUGGGAGGAGGAGAUUCGUUACACGAAAGUGGGAAAAGUUGUAUAAAAUCUUCCAAAGAAUGUAAUAGCGGUUCUGGUGCUCUACGGUACGCUCUUCAUCUAAGGUUUAUUUGUCCAUUACCCAAGAAAGCUUCAAAGAAACCUGAAGAAACCAAAACUACGGAGCAAAAGAAAGACUUGGAUGCAGAUGGGAAGAGGAGAUUCUAUCUGUACAACGACUUGCGAGUCGUGUUUCCUCAACGCCACACAGAUUCUGAUGAAGGAAAGUUGAAUGUGGAGUACCAUUACCCAGACAACCCAAGAUACUUCGACAUCACAGACUAAGACUUUUAAUGGUUUUGUUCCAUUACUGGAACCUAUAAAAUAGGUACAACAUUACCAUAGUAUAAUGUAAUUAUGUAAAUUAUCAAAAACGAGAAUCAUUUCAGAAAUCAAACGUCGGAAUUUCAGAAGAGAAA